GGGUCGGUUGAUCGGCUAGACUGACGCCGCGGGAGCGCUGCCUUGUGCGUAAUGCGGAGGCGUGACGUAGCUGGCGGCGCUGCAACAAGCUGAUUUGUUGCGCGCCCCAAGGCCCCGACCCGCGAGUGAGUGGGCUCGGAGAUUUAGCAGAUGGCUGGGGGGCUGGCGGUCUGGAUGCUUGAAGCUUCCGCUUCGGGUGUGGAGCUGUAGGCGGGUGGGCUCUGACGAAGUGGCGCCCGAAGGGCGCACCGCAAAAAUUUUCACGCAUGGAAGUGCUCCAUGCGAUCCAUGCACUCCAUGCCAUCCGAGCUGCCAAACCUUAUAAAUUAUUCUGUAUUUUUGAGUAUGCCAAAUUAGUGAACGAGUGAUGCAGCGAGGAACGCUUGAUAGGAGGAGGAGUUCCAAGAUUCUAGGCCUACCUAGACUCUUUAUUUCGAGGAGGGGAAAGCAGACGCGCGAGAAGGCUUUUAUUGUACAGUUUCUUUCUCGAUGCAAACAGAGAAACGCAGGUUCGCUGAAGGUAUCAAAGCAAGCGACAAAGAUAUCAACAUCCAUUUUUAUCUGAGGACGUUUUCCGAUCGCCUUUUCUUAGUUUCAAAACAACGCCUACCAAAGUUGGUAAAAAGUUGAAUUUACAAUUUUUCCAUUCUGAUACAACCAUACACAGAAAUAUUCACUGACUGUUCAUUUAAAUUCAAUUCCGAGAAUUUUUUUUUUGUAUCGCGAGCGAGUUCCGUGAAGAACCUGCCUAGAAAAUAGAAACGUAAAAGAUAUACUACUACAAUCAGCCUGCUCACUCCUCGUCUUUGACACCUCCAUCUUCCACAAGAGAGUAGUUGAAAAAAUGCCGUGCGUAAUCCCAGAUCGCGCGAUUCCUCAGAGUGAGGUCGCACAGCACAACAGCAAAGGCGAUUGCUGGCUGAUUAUCCAUGGUGCUGUCUGCGACGUAACUGAGUGGAUCCCGGACCAUCCAGGAGGUGGAGAAAUGCUGAUCAAGAAAGCCGGUAAAGACGCCACAAUGCAGUUCAAACUGUCGCAUCCCGCUUACGUUCUGUUAUGAAGACUGGUUGUGACAACUUCUAGUUCUUCCAAUAAUAUGCUGUAGGUACUACUACUAAUGAUUAUACUGAAGUGAUGAAUUACAUCUUCCAUGUUGACUGAGUGUGCUCGAGGACCACACUGAAGAUGAUUCUUCACUACACAAAAUUUUUCAAAGUAGUCAAUUCCUUGCGUACUAUAGCCACCACGUUUUUUGCCUCUAAUCGCGCAAGACCAAGUACAACAAUGGGCUAUCGGGUACGUCGAAGGUGCAAAGUUAGGCGAUGGGAUUGUGGUCAAAGGCAAAGGCGAUGUCGUCGAAGCUGCGCCUCGUGCAGCGGAGAGCACCCCUGGUUGCUUCGCCAAAAUCAUGGGUGCUAUUUGCGGUUGAUCCCAUUUACUUUUACCGCUGACUACUAAAUUCAAGGACAGUGAUGCUCAUAUUCUUGUAGAGAACGAAUUUCAUAUUCACCAAAGAUUCAUGUAUCUCUUAGUCCUCGUAAAGUAGCGUACAGGAAAAAGGGCGCCCUCAUGCACGUGUGAAGCUGCAAACACAACGACUACUAUCUAUGAUAGUUUUUUGCUGUCGACUAUGAUUAUUUUAAGUGUGCAGUUGGCAUAAACGGGCAACAAAAACGUUUGACUGAAUGCGCAGACGCAGAGACAUGUCUAGACUUCUUCUAUCUAAAUUUCUUUCCGAAUUCCGCUGUAGUCUGACACUAUUCACAAAAAGUUGUAAUGAACAAAUCAAUGGACAAUAUACGGAAGAUCAUCUUCAAACAUCGUAUAGGUGUAGUUUGUGACCAUAUUUGUUGGUGCUGUUAGAUUGCUUGCAGCGCAAUCCGAAGCGAUGGAAACGUCGUCAUUCUAGGUGACCGAGAAGAUCAUUCUAGACCCGAGCACCGCUACUACCCGGAUGAAUCACAAUCAUAUGUUGAACUUCAAACGAGAAUGAAAAACAAGCCUUAGCUCAACAUUGU